AUGCUCAACGAAUUGAACGAAGCAGGGAAGAGAAUGGGACUACGAAUAAACAGAAAGAAGACACAGUUCAUGAAGAACGCCUACUGCGAGGACAGAGGAGUACAACUUGAAGGCUCCCAAAUCGUGGAAACUUCGUCAUACGUAUACCUCGGACGUUAUAUGAACAUGGAAAACGACUUGAAGGAAGGACUGAAUAGAAGAAUGAGGGCAGCAUGGGCAGCAUUCGCAGCCGUCAGGGAAGCUACGGACCAACUGACGGACCAAGAUCUUCAUGCCCAUCUGUUCGACUCGACAGUUCUUCCAGCGCUCUGCUACGCGGCGGAGACGUGGGCAGACACCGCUGCCACGUCUAGGAAGCUACUUACUACCCACAGAGCCCUUGAGAGAUGUCUCCUGAAGUUUAACCGGCGCACACAACACCUAGCCGGUCUUCGUAGCUCCGACUUAAAGGCAUCACCCCACGAAUCUGAGGUGGUGCAGAUUUCAAGUGGAGUAUUCGUAUACGAGAUGGGAGACUACGGAGAGGGAGGUGAUUCCGUCCAUUUCUUUCUAAUUGCCGUAAAAAACGGCCCGGAAGAUGCGGCGCCGCACAAGACUGGCGCGCUCCAAUCGAACCUCUUGUACAAAAUGGUGCGCCAAAACGAAUGA